GCACCGGCACACAGCCCAACGACGAGAAACCACUCGCGGGCUCCGCUCGGGGAACCGCGCGAAACGGGCGAGUUCGGUGGCCAUCCCAGGCCGACGCAACGCGGCCUUCCGCUGGGUGCUGCGCUAUUUCUAUGGAGGAAGCGCAGGUGCUGGCACCUAUGAUGCUUUCUUCUUUAUGGAGACGGACGCCGUGCCAGUACAGGAGUCCUGGAUCGAUCAAUUCAUCCAAGAGGCGCUUCAUUACCCACGUGCGGCGAUCCGUGGGAGUCGCUACCGAGGAGAUCGCUGGGAUUCAAUCGAGGUGCCAGAGGAUUUGCUUCUCCAUCUCAAUGGCAACGCCAUCUACAACUUGCGGCACCCCUGGCUGGAGUGGUUGCAUGGGCAGCUGGAAAGAGAGCACCACGUGGAAGAUUUUGCAGUCAUUCCUUUCGACUUGCGGAUGGGCAACAUCACCCGGGCAGCACAAAGAGGCGUUGACCCACUGGGGGGCAUUUAUGCAGCCCUAGUGCCUGGUGAUGAAGAGCCUUACAAGGACGAUUCCACGCUCAUCGGAAGCUUUGCUGGCACCCUGCUGAAUCAUAGCUUUCAGACAGGUGUCUACGUGCGGCAGGCAUCCUUGAGCAACAUUUUCCAGAACCUGGAGGAUGAGCUCACGCUUGGGGUUGCAGCUCCUCAGCCUGCGUACGACGGGCUCAAUGCAACCAUCAGGUCAAGACAUCCUUUCAGGAAGAUCCUGGUGCUCUCUUAUGGCGAGAAGCCCAUCAAGCCAGAUGGCUCCAUGGAGACCAUUGAGACGCCGCGGGGGCCUACAGAUGUUCUCUUUCAAAGUGCCAUGCAUCAGAGGCACCUGGCGCUCUGUGAGAUGGCCUCGUUGGUCACCACAACGUUUUUCGCGUUCUCCGACGUCUACCACCUCAUCUCUGGUCCGGUCGAUGUUUUGGCUGAGGAAGGCCGGCCAGUGCUACCAUACAUCACCACGAGCUCGAGAGAGUGCACUGCAAAGUUCGGGUGCAAGCUCUCGGUAUUGCAAGCUGAGAAUCUUUUCCACGUUGAUCUACACCAUCAUUAUGACACUUUCGAAGUUUUGUACUUGACCUCACAGAUGCGGCGCUUUUGCAGCGAGUGGCAGCUGGCGGUCAAGGCUCUAGGUUCUUAUGAGGAUUGCGCAGUUCAAUUUGGACCAACAGCAGAUGACUACAUUGCUUGGCAUACCUCUGUGGGGAUCCGUCCAAGUCAUUAUUAUGUUCCAAAGGACAAGGACUUGGUGGGCUGGCGUUCCAUGACUCACCGGCAUGAAGCAGAGCCGACAGAUGCACGGCAUUGCUCCGCCUACACACAGGAGGAGUACAAGUCGAUCAAUGCCAACAUCACAAUUUGCAGUAAGAUUGUCGAGGAUGCCCCUGGGAUGGAAACUCACGAAUCACGGAAAUUCUUCGGAGAGCGAGAGCUCAGCGAAUAUUCUCACGCCAAAGGUUCUUAA